AUGAUUCCUGAGCAAUGGGCGCCGCCUUGCAACAGUCAGUGCACCCACAAAUACGCAGCUCUAAUGCAAAUCCCAUGGAGAGUGUUUUGCAAAAAGGGAUGUGAUGCUGAUGGUGAGACAUGGGAUGAAUGUUUGGGCGAGUGUGACGAGAUAUGCUACAAAGACCCUGUCUUGAAGGACAAGCAAUGGAGUGCUUAUAUUGAUCGUUCGCCUGGUUCGGCCAGCUAUUCUGAGGAAUGCUUUCGUGCUUGUGUAUCUGGCUGUGGUUACAAGGCAAGAAUUCUCGAAUUCCAGCUCUGUAGUUGCUGGUCAAUAUUAUCAAAACUCGACUAG